AUGUUCUCAAGAUCGAUAGCAAGAAUCGCCCUGCGACGAGGAUGCCCUCUGAGGCAAUUCUCAACGUCGAGACCUCUCGCUGUGUCCUACCAUUCAUAUACCCUUCCAACCCAUACCUCGACGCCUCCGAGAAACGACGACGUUCCUGAAACUUCAAUAACACAACCUGAUCCUCUUCCUAAAGUCCACGAGACACGACCUCCUCCUCAACAACCUCAGCAUCCUCAACCGCCAAAGCAGCAAGAACCCGCACCAACACAAAAUGCUACUCCCGCCACAUCGGUAUCAGCUCCGAAGCUCAGCGAAACAGAAGCUCAGAAGCCAAAGGCAGCAAGACCACGACCCAAGCUGCGACCGCGCAAGGCCGCUAUGAAGUUGACGCCCUCUGCGGUGGAACAAUUACGAGAAUUGCUGGAUCAGCCGGAACCUAAGCUCAUCAAGGUCGGAGUACGGAACCGAGGAUGCAGUGGCUUGGCCUAUCACCUUGAAUAUGUCGAUAAGCCGGGUACUUUUGACGAGACGGUUGAGCAGGAUGGUGUUAAGGUCUUGAUUGAUAGCAAGGCACUGUUUAGUAUUAUUGGGAGUGAGAUGGAUUAUGUUGAGGAUAAGCUUAACCAGCGCUUUGUGUUCAAGAACCCGAAUAUCAAGGAGGAAUGCGGCUGCGGAGAGUCCUUCAUGGUCUAG